AACAUUUUUUUUAAUUUAUACUACAUUCGUACAAGUCAUUUUCGGAAUAAAAUUCAAUUUUGAUGACAACAUAGUAUUACAUAUGUAUGGAAAGAGUAUAGUAGUAUAUCCCAAAAUCUAUUGAUUCCACCACAUAUAGUGUGGUAAGUGGAAUCCAAAAUAGAGUUGAUAAUAAUCCUUCCCAUUUCUUGAUAAUGUUUUCAUCUCUCUCUCUCUCUCUCUCUCUCUCUCUCUCUCUCUCUCUCACACACACACACACACACACAAUGAUCCCAUUGGACUGCUUCUAUUUGUAAUACUUCUCUUUCAAACAUCCCAUGAUAGCUUUGCAAGAACUCACUCUCCUCCAUUAUCUUAUCUCUCUCACACUCCACUCUUCAAAUACUAUCAUUCUCUCUAUCAAUUCCUCUAUAUCUCUAAAACCUCUUGCAAAUCUCCCCAUCUAAAACAUGGCCCUUGAAACAUGGCUGAUCAAGGUGAAAAGAUCCAUCGCCCACAGCCUCGAUUCCGUCCGCGCCGCGCCGCCCCCCGCCGGUGCGAUCCGCAAAUCCAACGUCUGCGUCCUCGCAUUCGAGAUCGCCGCCGUCAUGUCCAAGCUCCUCCACCUCUGGCAGUCCCUCUCCGACAAUAACCUCUCCCGCCUGCGUGGCGACUCCAUAUGCCUUGAAGGUGUUCGUAAAAUUGUCUCAAACGACGACGCCUUCCUCCUCGGCCUCGCCUGCGCCGAGCUCGCCGGCAACCUCCGCCUCAUCGCCAAAUCCAUCGCCCGCAUCAGCAAGAAGUGCGAGGACGCCUCCCUCCGCUCCUUCGACCGCCUAUUCGAGGAGUUCGCCGACACCGGCCGCGAUCGCCACAACUGGCUGAUGCUCAGCGCCAAAGAGAUCGAUAUCAAGAUGAAAAAGCUCGACCAGUUCGUCGCCAGCGCGGCCGCGCUCCAUCGCGAGAUGGACGAGCUCGUCUCCCUCGAAAAUGGCCUUAAAAAAUCGCUUCAGGCCAGAGACACCGGCUCCGUAAAAGAGCAUAAGAUUGUCGAAUUGCAUCAGAGAAUAACCUGGCAGAGGCAGCAGGUGAAGUACAUGAAAGAGAAAUCCCUAUGGUGCCGAAGCUUUGACACCGCCACCUCGAUCCUGGUGAGAACUGCUUUCGCAGUUCUCGCCAGGAUGAAGCUCGUCUUCGGAGUCGUGUCGCUCCCGCGGAGCAUCUCCUCGUCCUCGUCCGCCCUCGUCCACCCCUCUGAAAACCCUAACCUCUUCGCGUCCGGGCCUCUUAUGAAAUCCUCCCAAUUAAAAUUCUUCGAGGUCAACUCGGAGGUCCUGAAGCCGCCGGCCACCACGCUCGGCGCGGCGGCGCUGGCCAUCCACUACGCGAACCUGAUCAUCGUGAUGGAGAAGAUGAUCAGGUCGCCGCAGCUGGUGGGGGUCGACGCGAGGGACGACCUCUACUCGCUGCUCCCGAGCAGCGUGCGCUUCGCGCUGAGGGGGCGGCUGAAGGGGGUGGGGUUCACCGCGAGCGACCCGGGGCUCGCGGCCGAGUGGAGGGAGGCGCUGCACAAGAUCCUCGGGUGGCUGUCGCCGCUCGCACACAACAUGAUCAAGUGGCAGAGCGAGAGGAGCGUGGAGCAGCAGAAUCUGGUCCCAGCAACUAAUGUGCUUUUGCUUCAGACGCUUUACUUUGCAAACCAGCAAAAGACAGAAGCCGCCAUUACCGAGCUUCUUGUCGGCCUCAAUUAUAUUUGGAGAUUUGAGAGGGAGAUGAAUGCUAAGGCCAUUUUCCAUUGCAGCAACUUCAACUAGAUUGCUUGCUUGUUUCUUGAAUUUUUGUAUUAAAUUAACUCUGGUUGAUUCCUGCAGAUCUGUGAGGAUAGUGUUGGUUCUAACCCCUGAUCUGUGUAUUGUAAUAUAGUAUUGUUCUUGUAAAUGUUUUUUGGAAAAAAAGAAAAGAAAAAGAUCGUACAUUUGCAGUUCCAUGUGAACA